AUGCGAGAGAAACAAAAAAGAAGGGUGACUAUUGGACAGAGCAACAACAGCACGGUAAGCUUGGAGCUGUUUAAUACUGGAGGACAUAACAGUAGUGGAAGAAAGAUGACAGUCUUGGAAGUUACUGGCGAAGCCGAGUCUCUUCAAGAAGAGCCACAACGGGUAUUUCCGAUUAAAGCAGAGUCAGAGUCAGAAUCAGAAGUGGAACUAAGUAGUAACAUCACUGGGUCCAACAGAAAUCAGCUACUGGAUUUUCUUCAACCACAAGAAGACCAAGUAGCUACUUCAAGUUUAUGUGAUAAGCUUUAUGACUCACUUCAGGCCCUCAAAAGGAGAAACAGGCAAUGUUUGUUAGAAUUAGGACUCAUGUAUCACGUAAAGCUGAAAAACAAUCAUCCAUCCAGAAAAGACAAGGAACUAGAAGAUUUUUUCCAGGGCAACGGAAAAUUGGUAUUGCCCAAAAAAUUCCAUAAAGGUCUGAGAGGUGGUAACAUAAGAAGCUGGAACUCUUUGUCUAACAUUACUUUAGAUAGCUCAAAAGAUGAGCAAAAUCGUUACUCAUUUCUUCAGUCUUGUUCAAAACCAAAGAGUGCCUCUGCUACUUGGAUUUCCUCUCUUACCAUUCCUCAGCCCUUCAAGAUGACCCUUCGAGAAACACACAGAAAAUCUCAAAUUCUAAAAUCUCAUGUGUUGCGUGAAAUAGAGUCAGCUACAUACAAAAGGCAAAUGCAAGAAGAUGCAGAAUGCCAGAAACAGUUCAAAGCACAACCUGUGCCUGCUCAUAUCUAUCUGCCACUCUACCAGGAAAUAAUGGAAAAGAAUGAAAUCCGUAGACAAGUGGAAACUCAAAAGAGAAGGGAGCUACUUCUUUCAAUGCAAAAACCCUUCAGCUUUCAGGAAAGAGAAGAGAAGAGAAAAGAGGCCAUCAGACAGAAGUUUUUGAACAUAUUAACCCCAGUUAAGAAAAUAGUACCAAAGGUCAGGAAGAAGAUCCCCAAGUCCAUGUAUGAGCCAAUGCUUGGGGAUAAACUCAAAGAAGCUGAACUCUUAAGACAAAUCCGUAUUCAGUUGAGAGCCAAGGAAUUAUUGGAAAACUCCUGGGCCCCCAUUGAGCUUGGCAAUGAACAAAGAGACAAAAAAUCCCGAAUUGCCUCCAAAAAUAGGGAACAAAAGUUAAGCUUUCUACAGGACAACUUUAGUUUUAAGCCAAGAAUUAACACAUCAGUGCCUGAUUUUGAAGAACUUUACUGGGCAUUCCAGAGAGAAGUACUAAGCAAACAAGAAAUUAAAGAAGCAACUCGUAAUAAACCAUUCAGACUGAGAACAUCAAAUCUCAGUUGCAGACAUAAAAUGUGUGACAAGAUUAUGGACUUUCAACAACCUUCUAAGGCACCAAUACAAAGAAGUCGGUCUUUGACUUGUCUUUCAUCCCUCUCUACCAAUACGCUUCCAAUAUAUAUUACAGAUGCAGUGAGAAAGAGGGCAAGUGCUGUUAAACUCCUCCAAGAAAAUAAGAAAUACAAAGAGAAUGAAGGAGCUCGCUGGGCAGAGCUACAAAGAAAAAAAUGUCAAGCAAUGCAUAAAUCAGUGAAUUGUCGAGCAAAAGCUAUGGAUCCACAUAAAAGUUUGGAAGAGACACACAAAGAAAAACUGAAGCAAAACUGGCAAAAUGGCCAAAAAAGAACAAGAGAAUAUAAGAAAGAACUAGAAGAGAUGAAGAUGCGAGUGAAAAACAGACCUUAUCUGUUUGAACAAGUCACAACACGUAGUGCCUGUCAAGGAGCACAGAAGCUUUUCAGAGACACCUUGCAGCAGUUUGGGUUGAAUGAAGAGUUUGUGAGAAAGAAGGGGAGAGAAGCCACUGACCCAGUAGAAAAGCAGCAGCAGUUUGAAUCAAAAAGAAAUCACAAGUUCCAGAGAGGUACUGAGGCUGACAUCAUAAAACAACUAUCUCAAGAGGGACUAAAAAGACUGGAAUUAAAGUAGAAGAAACUGAUAAAAGUCUCCAUUUGCCUACAGCAUAUUAUUUUCUUUAAUCAAAUGUAGUUUAGGACUAGACAGCUGCAGAAGAAUUGAAGCUAAAUCUUCAAUUAUGUGACUUUGAGGUAUUGUAGUUAGCAAUAUGACUUAUUGAGGCAAUAUUAAAUUUGGUUAAUGCUAGACUUUUGAGAUCUUGCUUAAAAGAAGACUGCUCAAGAGGGUGAAAGAGGAGAGUAUAUAUAGAGAGAGUGUAUACAUCAGUCAUCCCGAAUUGGUCUGAGUCAGAGGACACAUUUGGAAGUUGAAGAUGCUAACACUGAUAAGUAAGUCUAGUCACAAAAUGUGCAUUUCCCAUAAGCAAACUGAUGCCCAACAACCUAAAUAACAAGGAAGUCCCAGCAGAAAUCUGUAACACGCACAGACAACUGGGAAAGCCUUUUGAGUAAUGAGCCUUCCAGAAAAUAUCACUACCUUCUUCUAGGAGUGCUUCCCUUGUGUCUGUGGUUUACAAACACCUCUUUCAAACACUUUGCACAGAACUUUUAGCUGAGUAAGUUUCAAUAAAUAACCAACUUCAAAAUUUCCUAUAAUUACAAUGGGUCCAGCUCCUUUCAACCAAAAGACCUAGGUACAACCUAAAAUUUGCAUAAUAAUUAAUUCAAUGUGAUCCAAAUCUGUCAUCUUGUAUUUUAUAGGAAGAUAAAAAUUGCUUAAUGUAGAUUCCAAAGCUUUAAUAUCGAGCCAAAAAUCUUAAAAUGCAAAGUCUGUUUCAAAGUAUAGUCAUGAGCCCUUGAGCGUUAGCCAAGAACACUGCACUAAAUAAUUCUAACUGCAUCCCAGUUUUUUUCCUCUUGAGUAUAUUCUUGAAGCACACCAAGUCUUUAUUAAUAGGGUAAGAAUUGAGUGACCACUGAGUGCUUCUCUCAUCUGCCAUUUCUAUUUGUGUCUGCGUAAUCAUUUCAAAUUAAUUUUAAAUUUAAUGUUCCAUUAGUGUUUUAUACUGCAUAUAAUUGCAUUGUGUUUUUAUGAAGUUGUAACUCAUUUUGAACUUCUGUGUAAGGCAAACUAUAUUUGAAAAGCCACCAAAUAAAUACACGCUCAACCAUU